AUAAAAUUUAUGAUUAAGAGAUUAAAGUUUGAAAUACAAUCGUGAGCUUUUUUAGUGCUUGGGCUUUGAGGAAUAUGAACUUUUGCUUGGAAUACUUCUUUAAGUUUGAAUGAUUCCAUAUCAAAGGUGUCAUCUUGAUAUUUCGUCAGCAAGCGCUACUGACCCUCCCCUGUAAAUCGGUCCCCAGUGAGGAGGGUAAAAUGUUUAUGAUUUUGCCUGAAGUGCAAACAGUGGUUGCGUUGUUCUCACUCACUUAACAUUCAACCAUUUCUGAGUGUUAAGAGAGGAUCUGAAGAGACAAGGAAAUGGAGAAGGCUCUAACCACCGUUAGUAGUUUAAAGGUUGGGAGCUUAUGGAUCUCUAAGAAAGCGAAGGAGGAGCUCUCUAACAUCUCUCAAGACAUCAAUACUAUUUCAAGUACCGUUGAAGAGAAGGCAAAAUGGAUUUUUAACAAGCUGAAAGGAAAACCUAUGAAAAGCUUGCCUGAUCUGCUUCACGAGUACAACUUACCGCCUGGCCUCUUUCCUCAGAACAUAAUCUGUUAUGAAUUUGAUGAAACAAAGGCCAAGUUGAUUGUGUACUUGCCGUCUGCUUGUGAAGUGAGCUUCAAAGACUCAACAAUUAUAAGGUAUGCGACCCGCGUGAAAGCAAAUCUUAUACGGGGAAAGCUCACUGGUAUUGAAGGAGUGAAGACAAAGGUGCUAGUAUGGGUUAAAGUUACAAGUGUAGCUAUCGAGAACUACAAGUCCGAUAAGGUGUGUUUCACAGCUGGAGUGAAAAAAUUAAAGGCUAAGGAUGCCUUUUUAGUGCCUCAGAAUGCUGUUAGAGUUGAAGAAUUUUGAGUUAAUAUUCAUUACCAUUGACUGAUGCCAAGAAUUAGAUGGCUGAAUCUUUUGUAGUUAUUGCUAGGAUCAGUUUCAGUUAUUGGACAGUUGCAUGUGUUUUAUUUAUUAUCUAUUAAUAUUUAUAAUCAUAUUAUGGAUUGUGAUUAUAGAAAUAA